AUGACACAGCCAGCUGGAAUAGGAGGGAGAGGCGGAACGGUUCUCGCUGUCAUCUGGGGCGAGAACUUCCUGACCCUAAUCUUAAUCGGUUUACGAUUUUACACUCGACAUUUCAUUAGGGGAAAAGUUGGAUGGGAUGACUAUUGGCUCAUCGUCACUUGGCUUCUAGUGGUAAUUUUCGGCGCCUUGACUUCCGUGGGCGUGGGCCAUGGGAUGGGCCAGCAUCGCGCCGACCUCAUGACGGAGCAAUUCGCAAACGGCGUGUUCUACAUUACCUGCGCACAGUUCAUUGCGUCUCUUGCUAUCGGAAUGUGCAAGGCAGUCGUAGCUACCUUCUUGCUCCGCAUUGUGACUGCUACUUGUAGUGCUGUUUUUGCUCAGUGCUCACCUGUUGAGUCUAUAUGGAAUCCGCUUUUGGCAGACAAGAAGGUCUGCCACAUCAAUCUCACAAUCCUCGCCUUUGUGGACUGUUCCGCAUUCUUGGAUUUCGUUCUGGCUGGAUUCCCAUGGAUAGCUCUCCGUAAUCUCAACAUGAAGAGAAAAGAGCGCAUUACUAUCUGCAUUUCUCUCAGUCUCGGCGUUUUUGCUGGAACUUGUGGUGUCAUCCGAACCUCUGGACUUGGGGCUCUGAAUCAGACCGAUGAUUAUCUCUAUGCCAUGCCCGACAACUACAUGUGGACAUUCACCGAAGUAUCAACAACCAUCAUAUGCGUGACGAUUGGGUCAUUUCGCCCUCUGUGGAACAAGCUGCGCGGCCACGACUCGAACUCGGGUGGCGGCUACCAGCAGCACAACUCCUCGGGCUACGGAGGUACCGGUCCUUACCAGCUCAGCUCAUAUUCUCGCAGCAAGAAGAGCGGCGGUAAGAAGACCAAUACAUUUACCAGCUGCAGCGACAAGGAGGAUGUCGAGGCCAUAGCGGGCACCAUGACCAAGUCCACGAUCAAGAACGACAGUGACGAGACGAUUCUGUUGCAAGGGAGUGGCAAUAUUGUCAGGGUCAACGAGAUAACAAUCACGUAUGAGGAUACGAAGAAGGAGGGCGAGGCAAGCGGCCCAAUACAAUUACUCUUAAUAAUGUAUUACUUGGUGUUUGGUUUAAACAGGGGUUAUCACAGGCCCUCCCUUAUGGGCUGGGGA